GAGCAUCUUUCGGGCGCCGGCCUCGUUGGCGAGAAGCUGGGGAGCGCCAGUUGGUCGUCGUCGCGCCUGCAUCCCGGAUCCGCGGACUUGCGCUUCGUCGUCGUGCCCGGAAACGGGAGCUUGUCAAGCGCCCUGGACAUUCGCAGUGCGCCCCCUGCUCUGCCGUCUUGUUGUCAACCCCCUUCGCCUUUUCUGAGUACUGCCUGCACAGCAGCAAGUUGAAUUUGAAGGAGGGAGCGGGCGACCAGUGAGUGGUUGGAAACGCCGGCAGAGGUCCCUCGCCGAGGCAUGACGUCGAGAGACAGCUGUGCCGCGGUGGCGGGCGGAUCUUGAGCAGCGGCCGGCUCAUGGUGUAGCAUGUCCUUGCUGCGGGGCGUGCACCGACCUUACAGCCACUUGGACGACGAGGACGACCUCGUGCGGUACACGGACACGCAACACGACUCGCGCAGCUCGCCCACUUCAUCGUCGGCCGCAGCGCCUGCUUCUCGACUCGUCGACCACUCUCGCCGCCACUACUGGUCCACCGCCGCAGGAACGGGGUCUCAGCAAGGCAGGUGCAGCCCCAAGAUGUGCGUUCUCGCAGCCGUCACCACGCUCGUCACGCUGACGAUACUGGUCACCGUGGCGGCGGGGGUGAUAGCCACGACCGUCAGCCCUUCUAGUAGCAGUGCCGGCACCGCGUCCACUGGUGACGCGUCCGGAACGACUCCGGCGAUUCCGUCGAACGGCGCCGGCAGGUCGCUGGAAGACGUGGUGCGUGCGCGCACCCCCGGCUGUGGGGAGAUCGCGGGAGUCGUCGAGGAUGGAGCGUUUGUUUUCAAGGCGCUACGUUACGCCGAGGCACCCGUGGGUGAACGCCGGUGGCGCAAGCCGCAGCCCAGCAACGCCCAGUCAUGCGUCGCCGGUCGCCGGGCCGAGCACUUCGGAUCGCCGUGCCUGCAGGCCAACCCGGUCACCAAGAAGUUCGAAGGGUCCGAGGACUGCCUCUUCCUCAACGUCUGGACGCCACGCAUAGACGUCACCGCCGGCAUGGAUGUGCUGGUCUGGAUCCAUGGUGGGUUUCUCCAGCUGGGUUCCGGCCACCAGCCCGGCCUGAGUCCUUCAGGGCGUUUGGCGAGAGGCACAAACGUCGUACUCGUCAGCUUCAACUACCGCCUCGGGCCACUGGGGUUCCUCGCCCUGGCUGCGCUGGGGACCGAAGUCAACCACGGCCUCUGGGAUGCCGCGCUGGCUCUCACCUGGGUCCGCGACAACAUUCGUUCCCUUGGAGGGGACCCUGAGAAGGUGACGGUGGUGGGGACGGAUGCGGGCGCCUCACUGGCGCUAGCGAUUUUGGCAGCGGGGCCCCAGGCUGGCUGGGGACGUCUCUUCCGAGCUGCCUGGCUUGACGGUCCCUCUUCAGUACUGAACAGAACGUACGCACAGGUUGCCAAGCACAACAAGGCAUUUUUCCAGCAGCGCUCAGGCUGCACAAAUGCCACGUGCCUGCGAGCACUGAGCGGUCAUGACGUCAUCAAGGCCCAUUUGGGUAAAGACGACCCAUCUUUCAGGAUUAGGGACCAGAACGACCUGCCCAUUCAGGGGAUAUUUCCGGAGCAGUUCCUCGUCGUCGACGGCACAUUACUUACGAAGCCACCACUGGAAAUGAUCGACGGCAAUCCCAAGUGUGACAUUCCUAUAUUGAUCGGGUCAUCGUCCCAAGCAGUCGACAUAUGGCCGGGGCCAGACGACUUAAGCCACUGGUCUUGGAACCAGUACAAGAAAUACGUUACUACGAGUCUCGACAGCUUUGGUUCGGGUAUCACACAAAUGGCGCUUCAGCUGUACAACAUUACGAAUGCUACAGACUUGGGUAUCACGCCAGAGCUGGUGUACACUACAAUGGUGACAGACCUUCGAGUCGCCUGUCCACUGGCGAACAUGGCCUCGAACUUGGCGACGGCGUUCCAGUCACCCGUCUACCGAUACGUGUCUGAAAUCCACCCGUCCAAGCCGGUGAAAAUACUGGGCCAUGAGGCUCCGUACAGUCUGCACCCGUGGACGCUCGUGGCAUUCUUCGACCUCCAAGGUCACUUUCUGGAAGGAAGCGACGCUGGUGGCAGUCCUCAAGAAGAGCCAGAUCUGGCUCUGCGAGAUGCUGUCCAAGAGAUGGCGCUCCGAUUUGUGCGCUCGGGUGGCCGCUCAGUGCCCGUGGCGGACUGGAUGAGAUACCCGAAGACGGUAGCCCUACUUCGGGGUGCCAAUGCCACGUGGGAGGUAGUGACAACCACUUCGUAUAAGAAGACCGAGUGCAAAUUCUGGACCUCCGAGGGACUGACCCAGUAUGCCUGGAUUAGCUAAGCGCUCGUGCUGCGCCCUGCACUAUGUACACCGUCCGGAGAUUCGUUCAUUAGUCGAUCGGUCUGCUACAUGACGCCGGUCAUUUUCUGUGCAGGCUUGUGUGCUUGUUCCCUUUCCGAAUGUCCUUGCGCUUUGGCAAAUGGCGUUAUGACUUGUGAAAAUACCACACGAUGCAGGGGGUAGAGGCCAGGUCAUGGCGAUGAAACAUGUCUGCAUAAUUUUCUGUUGCAGUGACAAAGAAAUUCAGUGCUCUUCGCUGAACAGGCCACUCAUCGUGAGAUGAAGCAUUUGUGGCAUGUUAAGCAGUGAAGAACACCUUUCAAUUUGCAUCAACACCCCUUUUGGCUAGGCCUAGAAAAAUGCCAGGUCAGAUUUAACAACAGGGAGAAUCAAAGGCAAGCGGCAAGCGAUGUUGCAUUUUAUGGAUUUUGCUCGUUUACAGUUCUGACGCUGUUAUAACAGUAUUUUUUGAAGCAGCAUCUCGUUAAUUCCUACUCGUUCAUAGUGAUCAAGUGGAUAGGCGAGGAAAAGCAUUGAUUACGGUGUCGCGAUUGCUUACGUGCCCAGAGCCACUUUUGUUGCCAUGGGAAAGGCAAUAGGUUCAGCGCCAAACGCCGAGAAAAAGAGAUUACAUACGUUGAGGAACCAUUGGAAAAGCUGUUCACUAUAAAAAUAGUUGUCAGUCAUGUGGUCAUAUAGGUGUAUGCUAUACCAGAGCGAGUGCUACUUCUGUGCUGUACAGUGGCUGAAAACAGAACGUAAUCGUCAACGACUCGCAGAAACCAAAGCGAAUGCGAAGCGCGUCCGUCCUGAAGCCGCGUCAACAAUGCACCUAUUCCGCCGCGCAGUAGCGUUCUUUAGCAUCUUGAGUCGGUAACGUUUCUCGUCUGGCAGUCACUUAUUAAGAAAAUUGUCUCAUAAUAAUCAUGAUCCGUUUCUAAGAUAAGGAAUAAUAAGUUACACGCUCAUUGCUCGUGUAGGCAGACUGCCAGUCCACAGACAUGUAAAAGAGAGUAAGUACCACACACAUAAUAAAUUGCGAAGAGAACUAGCUCAGUUCAUCCGGAAAACUAGAAACAAAGAAAUGUAAACUAAAAUGAGAACUCAUCGGAAAGUAUUAUUGCUGCCGUUCUAUGACAUGAAGUAUCACUUUUAUGUGCUGUUUCAUACAUUAAAGGAGAGAAGAACGAAUUGAAUGAACUGUAAUAGCUGGCGGGAAUGUUUGAGAAAGUUCUUUACUUUGCCAAUAAGAAAGAGCAGCUUUAUUGAGCAACAAAAAACAAAUCCUUGCGUUUCUUAAUUCAAUGUGUGUCUUCUGUGCUCUCCAAUGCUCGUAUAAUAGCGUGAAUUCGCACACUUCUGGCACAUUGUUUGGAGUUGGUUACGAGUACUUACGCAACCGACAAAGCCUACAUGUAUCGUCGCCAAGGGAACUUACGUACAGUGCUUGUAAGCGACACUCGUGUCUAUGCAUGGCCAUUGUAAAACAAAUACAUCACUUAAAGUGCAGCCGAUGACAUGGACGCCUCAAGAACCCAGUGACACCUUCAGUGAGUGAUUGCGUCUGCGUGUGCGUGUGUGAAGACAGCGUGAUUUGUGCCUUAGGCAGACUCUUCCUGGGAACUUUGCCGUUCGUGAACGUUUUUUGACGGCGUCAAGCACUGCUUCAACUUCUUGCGCCGCGUCUUCUGUGCUUCAGUCGAACGACCUCUUUCUCAUACUUUCAUCGUGCUAACCGGGUGUGCUUCUUGCUGUGUUGUUGUGUGUGCGUCGUUAUGUGCGGACAUUUCUAGCGCACCGGGUCAGUGGUGUUUUUUCGUCAUCUUUUUUUCAUUCGUAUGCUUGAAUGAAUUAUACAUAACCCGCCGUUCAAAGUUUAGAGUU